AUGAAAGAAAUUAAGAUGUGGGUCGAGGCAGGAGAUGUCAUUCUCAGGGUAAACGACGUUGAUGUUAACCGAUUUAGUACCAAAGAAGUGCUCAAAUGUCUUCGAUUAUCCUCCGAUCCAGUUACCCUCAAACUAAAAAGGGAUCCAGCAAUAAAGUCGCACGUGAAGCGUCUGCUGUCGUCAGGCCAGGGUAUUUGCGAGGCGGAGCUGUCGACGAACAGUUGCGGAAAAAACUCUCAUAACAUCACCGGCUCUAACUCUAACGCUGUAAAUUGCGAGGACAAGUCCACCAAAAAAACUAACCUGAUCUUCGACAAUUUAUCAGACAACUCAUUGCCAUCGGUGGAGAGUGUUAAUCAGUAUGCUAAGCGAACCAAUGGCUCCUACAGCGACGCCUCGGGCUCUUCUGAGUUUGAGGCGCUUCUUCCGCCAGCCGACAGCUUCAAAGAAGAGGAGCGUGCCCAGUGGGAGCCUUUGUCUGGUGAGAAAUUCGCUAAACAGAAAAACACACCAAGGAAUUGAAAGAUAAUGAAGACGGGGACGCUGUUAAUUAUUUGUACGAAGAACAAAAACAAAGUGGUCAAUCUCCACCGCAGUCAGCUGACGAGGAAAGUGAUAUUGAGAGCCUUCAUAGUUUUCAUUAUAGCCCUAAAGCUGUUGAUCUACCGUCAGCUGUUAGACUGGCUAAGAGAUUAUACUCGCUUGAUGGAUUUAAAAAGUCUGAUGUUUCGAGGCAUCUCAGCAAAAACAACGACUUCUCCAGAGCUGUUGCCGAAGAGUACCUGAGGUACUUUAAUUUUGAAGGAGACACGCUGGACGUGGCGCUCAGAAAGUUUCUCGCGCAAUUCUCAUUAACAGGGGAAACUCAGGAGAGAGAACGAGUACUUGUACAUUUUUCAAAGAGAUAUAUCGACUGUAAUCCUGGCUCUUUUAAUUCCCAAGACGCCGUUCACACUCUUACGUGUGCGAUAAUGCUGCUCAAUACAGAUUUACAUGGUCAAAACUUGGGUAGAAAAAUGUCAUGCUCUCAGUUUAUAGAGAAUCUCUCAGAGCUCAAUGACGGUGAUAACUUUCCCCGAGAGGUGCUUAAACAGCUUUACACUGCGAUUAAAUCGUAUCCACUUGAAUGGGCUUUGGAUGAUGAUGGUGACGAAUUAGCAUCUCAAGUAGUUCAAUUAGGCGAUGGACCUGCGACAUCAGCUUCUGGAAAUCCAUUCCUAGAUGUGCCAAAUGUUUCUGGUGCCACGGAAUUUAAAAAAGGAUAUGUUAUGCGUAAAUGUUGCUACGACGCUAAUGGAAAGAAAACCCCAUUUGGUAAGCGAGGAUGGAAAAUGUACUACUGUACCUUACGAGAACUAGUACUUUAUUUACACAAAGACGAGCACGGUCUCCGUAACGACAGCUUGCAUAACGCGAUUCGAAUUCAUCAUGCACUGGCAACUAAAGCGUCGGAUUAUACGAAGAAGCAACAUGUUUUCAGGCUCCAGACUGCCGACCAGGCGGAAUAUCUCUUCCAAACUAGUGAUUCAAAGGAACUACAGUCGUGGAUAGACACAAUAAAUUUUGUUUGUGCAAGUUUUUCAUGUCAACCUCUUGCCGGAGCGGUAGGUUCUCAACGAAAGUUUCAGCGGCCUUUGCUUCCCUGCAGUCACACCAAAUUGACGCCUCGUGAACAAUUAAGGGACCAUGAAGAACGAGUUAGCAGACUGGAGGCUGAGCUCGAGGAACAUCGAAGACAUCCGCCGGAACGGGGAGCUAAAGCUCUCACUGUACAAAAUUACAAAGAAAAAGACGCUUAUCUUCAUUAUGAGUUAAAAAGAUACAAGACGUAUUCGUAUUUAUUACGAUCCCGACUGGCGUUCACAGAAGUGGAGCCUUCAUUAGUAGAAAGCAGCAUCGGUGAAGUAGACGAAGGUGUAGGCGGUGGAAUGUUAAACCCAGAAGCUGGUGUAAUACCGCCACCGGUGCCGGAUCGUCCAGCAACAAAUAGGUAUAGUUACAGAGCUGCCAUUUACAAUCGUAAUCUGCUGAAUGGUCAGGACUACGGCGGUGAUAUUGGUUGA